AUGAGUUCGAAAUUCAUAAUCGAUAGUAUGCUACCAAAGUAUCACCACCAGUUUCAUCACCAACAACUGUUCACUAGCACGAAUCCCGGUACGAUCCAGGCGUGUACCGCUGCGAGCAGUCCGGCGAGCGCGGCUGCGAGCUUAGAAUCAAGCCUAUCCGCGGCUGCGGUCGCGGCCGCGGCAGUAAAUUACGCACAGCAACACAAUUCGCCGAGUCCGACGGGCUCGAGCCCUCAACACUCGGGUAGUUCGGCCUCGACCUCGCCGGCGGCCCGCACCACAUCAAGCAUGUAUCCUUACGUUUCGGCAGCAGCCGCGCACCAUCAUCACCAGCAACAGCAAGCGGUCGCGGCGGCCGCGUUCGGUGCGACCUCCAGCAUGGUACCUGGGUUCGGUUCGAGCGCGGCCGCAGCCUCGAGCGCUGCCCUCGCCGCGGCAGCGGCCGUCGAUGCUGCGACAGCAGGUGACAAAUCUUGCCGAUAUACCGCCAACCUUGCUGGCAAUGUCGCACCCACAUCGGCUGACCCGAUGGUCAACUACACCCUCGGCCAUCAUCAUCAAAACGGUGCUACUCCUGGUAGCCUCGUCUCUUCCGCCUCAGCUUCCUCUGCCGUCUCAGCCGCAUCCGCAUCUAUGGCCGCGGCGGCACAAUUCUAUCACCAGGCUGCCGCGGCCUCGGCUGUUGUCGACCCUCUCACCUCCUGCCAGCAGCCUACCACCGGUCAGCCUGGUAUUUCGGACAUUCCUCGCUAUCCCUGGAUGUCCAUCACGGAUUGGAUGAGUCCCUUUGACAGAGUCGUAUGUGGUCCAAAUGGUUGUCCGAGGCGUCGAGGAAGACAAACGUACACGCGAUUUCAAACGUUGGAAUUGGAAAAGGAGUUUCAUUACAACCAUUACCUAACGCGACGGCGGCGAAUAGAAAUCGCGCAUGCCCUAUGCCUGACGGAACGGCAGAUCAAGAUCUGGUUCCAGAAUCGCAGAAUGAAGCUGAAGAAGGAGAUGAGGGCGGUUAAGGAGAUCAACGAGCAGGUGAGACGAGAACGAGAGGAACAAGACAUGAUGAAGAAACAGCAGGCUGAGAAACAGGCGAAGAUGCAGCAGGAACAACAAAAUGCAGCACUUCAGCAUCAGCAACAACAUCAUGUAAGCGGUCUGGACAAGUCGCAGAGCGAUCUACUGAAGGCGGUUAGUAAGGUGCCGACAUAG